AUGGCAGCCUCAAAGUCCAAAGACUUGUCUCGGGUUUCUUUGGCCCGGACAAUUGGCAAUAAAUUGAAAAGGCAGCAGCUUUACAUCCAAGCGAAGAAGGCCAACAGCAGGGCGAAACACGAAGAGAGACACCGAAGGCGCAAAGAAGAAGCGAAAAACCCAGAACUUAAGCAGAAACGACUCGAGAAAAACCAGCCUGCUAGCAUUGAUAAGAAGAGAAUAUGGGAUGACCUUGACGAUGACAGUCUUGGUGCUGUUGUGGAUGUUGCCGAGCUGAAGCGGCGUCGCUUGGAAGUUGCUGAGGCAGCCGCAGCUGCAGAGGCAGAUGCGGCAGCAAGAGAGGAUCAGGAAGUGGAUGACAAGAAUGACGAGAACGAAAAGAGAGACGACGAUAUCGACAGCAUGCUUGGAUCCGACGAUGAAGACGAAGAGGAUGAAGGUGCCAAGAAAGAGAAAGAAGAAGAGAUGCAAAGGCAACGCGCCCAGAGACAACCCAGCAUUGCUCCUUCAACAACUUCAACCAACCUCGAUCUUACCCCUGACUCCCUCACAUCUCAAUUCCCGAAUCUCUUCGCUGAUGAACCGCCACCGGUUCCCAAGAUCUUGGUAACUACUGGCAUCAACGGGACCAUCCACAAGGAGGCUGAGGAGAUCGCCUCUAUAUUCCCCAAUGCUACAUAUAUCAGGCGCACCGCGCACCGUUAUGCAUACAAAUACAGUGUGAGAGAGAUUGCGAAGUUUGCGAAAAACCGCGGGUACACUGCAUUGCUUGUCGUCCAAGAAGAUCAGAAACGGCCAAGCCGACUCGUUGUCGUUCAUCUCAAUGGUGAAGGUGUUCCCCCAGGUCCAACGCUUACGUACACCAUUCGAAAUUACGCUCCGGGCAAGGCCAUUCCCGGCCACGGCAGGGCUACUAACCACUACCCGGAACUGCUUCUCAAUAAUUUCAAGACGCCCUUGGGUUUGCUGGCUGCGAAAUCAAUGCACAUCCUAUUUCCUUCCAAACCCGAACUUGCCGGAAGGCAAGUCGUGACACUACACAAUCAGCGUGAUUACAUAUUCUUCCGUCGCCAUCGUUAUGUUUUUCGUGAGGCACGGCCGACAGAAAAAAACGUUGUGGGUGCAGAUGGCAAAGAGAUGGAGGGCGUAAAGGGGAUUCGUGCUGGCUUACAGGAGAUUGGGCCAAGAAUGACACUCAAGCUUCGGAGAGUUGAUAAGGGUGUCGGUAGAGCGGGCAGUGAGGGCCCGGACGCUGUUAAGUGGGAGUGGAAGGCAAAGAUGGAAAAGAAGAGAACUCGCUUCAACUUGUAA